UCCAUUGGCCGCUGCCUCCACAGGUUUGAAUCGCUGACUGGAGCCGCACCUCCUCGAGACUAACUUUUUUCGUGUAUAUAUAGCUUAAUCAAGUUUUUUUUUAACUGGCAGAAAUGCCGAAGAAAGUGCUGAGACUAACGGUAUACUUGAAAAUCCAAGCGGUUACAUGCCCUGGAGUGUUCCUACCUGAAAAGAACGAUGUUUACGUCAGUGUAUAUAUGUUAGGAAAAUUCCAGAAAACCAAGUUUCUCCCUUCAGUCUUUCCAUUGACCUUCAAUGACAAAAUGAAGAUUGAAAAGAACUUUCCAGAAGCCAUGAAUCCUGGGGAUGUUGCAGACAUGCUGGAAAUGGAUACAACAAAAUUUGAAUUGAUACAGCUGACUCCACCAGCGGGUGAAACACUGGCAAUCUAUGAGCAGAACACCAGAGAAUUUCUUUAUCCUGGUCGCAGGCUGACGCCAAGCUAUCCUGGGAUGGACAGAGAGCUGUUGAUGAAGAGAUCAAUUGAUUUUCCUGGUAUAGCUCCCAGACUGGAAUUCUCAACAACCUCAAUAAUCAAAGAAUGUCCACUUGACCUUGCACAAAUAGAAUAUGAGGAGGAUAAUGUGAAGUUGGAACUACAAUCCUCCCCAAUCAGGAAAUCCAUGACAAAAUCAUCAAAGAGAAAAACUUGUCCCAGAGAGAUCAGCAAAGAUAACAGCUACAAGCGGCCCACAAUAGCAUCCCAGACACGGUCUCUAUCACCAUAUACCAAAAGACGGAUGGCAGCACUCUCAGAGGAUGCCAAUCAGAGACUCGCACAUCUGAACCUAGGACCUUUUCAAUUUAAAAAGGAAACAGAUAACAAACCUCCAUUUGUAAUUAGACAUGUUGAUCAUAAAUUGUUGCCGACUAAUGAUUUGUACAUUGCCUCAUCUUCUCUUUCUUCUAAACCCAGUUCUCAAAAGAGCUGGCCUCUGGGUUCACCAAUUUAUAAUGAUCCGUCGCUUCGUGGCAGUUAUGGACCCAGCAGGACUUCAUUAAAUGCCAUCAAGAAACCUCAUGAGAAAGAUCUGCUAGAUGAUUCUUUUGAAGACACUGAUGAGCCUAUUAUGUCAGGACCAGCUGGCAGACAACUCUUUCCUGCCAUGACUCCAAUGAAGUAUUCAACAACAUCUUCUUUCCAGAAACAAAGCCCUGCGUUAAACCGGUUAUCUCUUCGAGAAAGAUUUUAUCCAGAAUCCUCUGGGCCAACAAAAUGGGAGGAGAUCCAUCAGCGAGUUCUAAAAGUUUUGAAGUCAAACAGUGCAAGACAAAGGCUGCAAUUUGAUUCUUCUGCUGAAGUAGAUUAUCCUUCAGGUAGAUCUGCCUUAUCUAUUGAUUCAUUGUGUGACACUUCAGGCCAUCUCAGUUCAGUGCACCAGCAAAAUGCUUCUGUACACCUGGGUGAUGGUGAUUAUUGGUCGAAUCGUGCUGCUGUUUAUAAAGGAAAGCCUCACAGGGCAAUCUUUGAAGAAAGUCUAGAAAAGAUCUACAGAAAUAUGUACAAGAAAGCUGCAGAUAGCACAUAAAGAUUGCAUAGAUCAGUAUAUUUCUGUCUGUUACUGUGUUCAUAUCGGGUUUGGGACUUUUUCUCCAAUCUGUUGGUGUUGUAAUAGAAUUCAUAAAUAAUAGUCAAUAAUUAAUUGUAUUGUUAGUAUGUUUUCCAACUGUAGCAAUAAUUAAUGUCCAUAAUAAUCAUGAUUACUUUUGGUUUUUGAUAAUAUCAAGAAAAAUAUGAGACUUUCAGCAAUUUCCCUAUUUAUUUUGAAAAUAAACUCUAGUUUACAACUUCACGUGUGUAUUAGACACACCCAGCAAAUUUGUUUUAGAAAUAGCAAAAACAAAGCAUUGGCACGCUCAGAUUUUAUACCAGAAUAUUUUGUUGUUACUACUUGGAGAGUUUAAAGAAUUGAUAUUAGAUAGCUCAGCUUGCUUAAAUUAUGUACAUUCUGUUUGAUCCACUGAGUUAAUGUUAGGAUCAAAGGCUGCAUUUGUGAAAAAUGAAUAUUAUGCCACUAAUCUCUUUUUGAAGUCAAAAUGAUACCCAUUUAAAAAUAAAGCACUUCAAAUUGGUUAGGUAGGCUAAAUGUCAAAUGCAGAGUCAGUAAGGGACGGCAGUCUGCUUUUAUGCAGUCCUGGUUCACAGAAAAGUUCAAUUCUAAUCAAAAAAUCCCAGUCUGUCAUAAUAUCCUAAGCAUUAUGUAUCCAUGUUUAAAUCAUUUUAGAAUUCCAAAACAAGUGUACAUUCUUAUUAAUCUUUAUUGUUUAGGCAGUCUAUUGAACAAUAUAUUAUAAACUCUUGCAGUUAUUAAGAUUUAGACAGCUGCAUCACUAAAUACUAGUUUUGUGCAUUAAGUCCUCACACCUUUUUCAUUAAACACAAUUUUGUUAGUGGGAGAAUAAUUUGGAAUCUGAUUAAUCAUUCCUGAACACAGCGAAUAUUACAAUUACAUUUUUUGAUGUAUUUGCAGAAAUACAUCUUUUUCAGUAACUUCCACAGGAUUUCUCUCAAUUGUCCAUUUGUAACUCUGGAGAAGCAAUUAUGCCUAUUUUCUGGGGUUUCCGCUGAUCUUCCACCAAAGUAAUGGCAGGAGAUCAUAGAACCUCCUGGAAAUUUUAUUCUGUUUAUCUAAACUAAGAUAAAAUUACGAUGAUGUUAAAAUUUGAUUCAUUUAUGAAACUGUCACAAUGAGCUCUUACUGAGAAAUGGUAAACACUGGAAUCCGAGGAGUUAAGAAAGUAUAUGGGUAGUUCAAUAUUAGAGAAACUGUUGAAUUACAUUGGCAGACCCUCUGUUCAUUUUACUUAUGAUUUCAAUUAUUUUGUAAGCUCCAAAUGUUCAAACUACAUGUAACUAAUUUAUUAUAAUGUAAAUUAACAUAAGAACAAGUUCUGUAACUUUAACUAACUUAUGUUUUCAUUAAUCUAUAUAAAAAAUCUCAUCUGGUUAAAGGAAUACUUCAGUCUGUUAAGGGCCUGAUGUAGCCUAUCCUUUAUUGCUGAGAAGAGUUUUCUUAUUGCACUAUGCAAGAAAUUUCUUAGUAAAAAAAGUAGGGAUUUGAAUUUCCUGUAAUGAUGAAGCUUACUGAGGUGAUCUCGCAUCAUUUUGACUUCGCACAAUCAGUAUAAUUUUGAAAUUUUCCAGGCUGUCCAUUGAACUACCUGGAAGUUUGCAGGUAGUUUUUAUUUUUUUUUAAAGAGCUAACCAGAUAGUUUAAUAAACUUUAAUUUUCUAACUUUAAAAAAUGUCACAAGCAGUUGAAGGUUAUGCUUUGCUUGAUUCCACACUUUUCACUGCUCUGGAAUGGUUAAACUGAUAUGUGCAGUACAGACUGAGUAUCCUUUAUCUGUAAAUCUGAAAACCGAACACAUCCAAAAACCUCACUUUUUUUGAACUUCAUCGACCUUUAGCACAGGAAGUCCCUGACCCAAGCCAACAUGACCCUUACCGACUGCACCUGACCUUUAGUGCAGGAAGUCUCUGACACGAACCUCACCGACCGCACCCGACCUUUAGUGUGGGAAAUCCUUGACCUGAGCUGACACAACCUGAACCAGCAUGAACCUCGCCGACCUCAUCUGACAUUUAGCGCAGGAAGUCCAAUUGUAUAUCUGCACUUCGACUCUCUGGACCCUCUUCUACGAUCAGAAUCGCUGAUGGUGCCAUGGGUUGUAAUUUAUUACAGGUACCCUGUAUUUAUUAUUCAGUGAUACUUUUUACUUUUCUAGCCAUUUUAUUUACUUUAGUCUAUAGCUAGCUUAGGCUUAGGCUAUUGUAAUGUAAGUAGGCCUGGUCCUAUAUGUGGUGUUUGAAAACCGAAAUUAUCUGAAAUCUGAAACGCGAUUGGCCUCAAGGAUUUCAGAUAACAGAUACUCGACCCAUAUAACUGCCCUAUUAGACUGUCAUUUUAUUUUUGGCAGAAAAGUUAACUAUUUCCGUAAAACUGCAGGAUAAAGAGAACCCAUUAAAAAGUCUGUUGUCAUGUGAGUAAUCAAUAAUGACAGUAAAACACUGAAGAUUAAUCCUAAUGAGAUCAAGUCUAUUUUCCAGAGUAGUGCACUGAAAAAUAAAUGCAUCCAUUGUUUGAAAAUAUAGCAUUCUAAUUGGCUGAUCCUCAGGUCUAAUUGAAGGGUAACCUCAUAAGAACUGAGGUAUAGGUCACCACUGUGCAAUGCUAACACUGGCAGACUUUUUUUUGCUACAGUUUUAGGGCCAGUCAAUCAAAUCCUACAAAGACCCACAAAAGCAAAUUAUUUUAAUAACAGUAGGGUGAUUGUACCAUAUUUAUUAAGAAUAUAGUUGUGUUAUGUUUAAUAAGAGGGUGACUUAUAUGAUUAAUAACAGUCAAUAAUAAUAUGUUUUGUUUAAUUAAAGAGUAACUACUCAAAUUUCCUCCAUAUUUGCACCCAAAGAUACAUUCAAUUUGGCAAAUCAAUUACGCGGCCUGAAAGAUUGUGGACCUUUGGGCAUAAGUGACUCUUGUGCAUAAGUACAACAAGCCCAGAUCUCCUCAAAGUUUUACAGUCUACAGCCUCUGUUGAUCCCUCUGGCUGAAUGCAUCUCUACCCAUAAAACUAGUGCCUCCCCACCCCGCACCAAGUUAACAGAACCUCAUUAAAGGUUAUCCUGAAAAUGCCUCUUACUCAAAUGCUUUCUAACAAUUACAACUAGAUUUUCAGACACUGCAGGAAACAGUCAUUUUUUCUGAUGUUUUAUUGUAAUUCUUUGAGUGGUUUAAAAAAAAUUAUUUUCACUGAAAUCUGUACUAUAUUCUUCAUUUCGUUUAAUGUAUUAUUAUAGCAUAAGUUGGUAUUAAAAACUUUAAUUUUCA